GUCUUACCGACUGGUUGUAUCGUUAGCAUCAGGUCUUUUUAUCAUACCUUGCCUUUUUUAAUGUUCUGUCUGUAUUCUGUUGUGCCAGUCUCUACACAACAUAAUGAUUGUAUCGGCCUUUACAGCGAGUUUUACCUGACCUUCACAUGACUGUAAAAGGUAGUUUGAUUCUCAUGACCUUGACACUAUAUUAUGCCUUUCUGUUCGGAAGGCUGAGAACACUGUGACAGUGAUGGAGUUAUAUGUACUCUUUGUAGUGAAAUAGCACCUUACGUAAUUGGAUUUUUUGCCCGUACCACAGAUUCCUAUCUCGUGGUGGACAUCGAUUUUCUUUUCAUUGGUAAUGGAGCCGGUAUCCCGUGACCCGUGACACUUGCUGUGUGACAUUUCGACGAUUCGACGUAGGACUGAGCGCGUGCGACAAUUAUCUCGGAAUGCUAACAACUGUAUGAACGGUUCGUUAACACUAGUAUAGGUACGUCCAUUACAUGUAGCCAGCAUGCAGAUACGCCGGUAAAAUGUUUAAUAUAAACUACUAUAAAACACAGGCUGCCAGUCGUGUGAUGAGAAUACCAAACGUUUCUCCCCUCGGAAUGUUUCAUUGGAGCUGAGUUCAUUAAGAGUUCUCCAUUCCACAACAGUUUUAUAUUAAGUGUCUGUUUAAAACCAUGCUCCUGCCUCCUCUUCAUCAGCAUCUACUGCAGACCUCUCCAAACAUUCUCUACUAUCACUUAUUAGCAUAGCUAGAUAUCUGUGGCUGUCGACUCGUUCCUGACGGGAUUCUUUGUGUUUUGAUCGUAUUUUCUGGUUUGCACUAAUCUAGUACUGCGAAUAAUAUUUGUGGAAAAGGAUUUAAAAUACUCUGCUUUAAUACAAUUACAGAGCAGAUAGCUUUUUCUUUCUGUGGGAGGUUGCUGACGGUGCAUGUACCCCUCCAUAUCCAUCAGUUUUCAAACAAUAUGUUGUCAAGGCGGAAUUCCGACGGGAGCAUUGGCGACAAGAAUUCUGGAGCUCCUUGAUUUAACAAAGUUUGAGAUUUUAAAGUAAAUGUAUUGGUAAUCAGCGUCUGUUGUAUUGAUAUCUCAGUGUGACGUGACAUGAAUAUAUCGCUGGCAGACAUCGCGGAUACAGUAAUUGUAUUUUCGGGAAUACGCAACACUGUUCGGUCGAAAUAAAAGUGGUGCAUUUAACCUUCAUUGCAGCGUUUUGUAUAAAAGCUGGGAAUAUGGCACGAACAAACGCGUGCUUUUUGAUGCGUUAAGAUACGAUUGUGAACAGUUAACGGUCAGUUAACGUAUCAUUUCUGUUUUUCAUUAUAACUGCAAAAUAGCAACAAAGUGAGAACCAAGGAGGCAAAGGUUUAACUUCAUCUGUGAUUAUAUAUAUUCUCGUAAAUCCAGCUUUCUUACCAUAGCAACACUUCUUUUGCUGAGCACGUGAAGCCGUUAGUUUUUAUACAUGAGAAAAGCUGUGGUAUAAACCUUCCCGAGAUAAAUACAUUAUAAGACGUUUGUCGGUGAGAUACGAGCUCCUCCACUUUGCUGGGAUAGGGAGAGGAGAUACAGUACCUAUACAUUUGUACCGGCAGAUGUAAACUGAUAAGGAGAGAUGACAUAGGCCUGCUGCCGACAGCCUGGAAUGUUUGGUAAAGAGGCUGGGACAACGGUCCAUCCGUCCCUAGUUAUCCCGUAUUGUUCGUCCACAUUGCUGUGUAAUUCACUGUGGCGUCUGUGACAACCGGAUAUAUAAACACAGAAUUUCUAUAUUGACUUGAAACGUGUUACUGUUUGUUUGGAUAUAUUGAUAUUAAUUUUAUUUUUCCGUGCUCAGCUUUGUGUCGUUGGAUGUUAUAACGAGUGUGUGAAAUGGAUUUUACGACAAUUCAGGAGAAAUAUAGAGACCCGAUUGUCUUAUAAUUUGACGUUGAUGAAAUGAUUUAUCAGUGGCGUAAGGAUAUUCCCAUUGUUAGUCCAGCGUAAUACAGUGCGCUAUAGACAACGGACAGGCAGUGUACAACCUCGUCCACUUACAUCACCAAGAUGGAAUAUCGAUGAAUAAUACACACGGGGCAUCUCCUGUAUUGGGCAGGCAGGUUGUCUGCAUAGGCUUUCUACCCAUGUAUUAAACUGUUGAGGAAUGAUUAGCUUUUAUCUGCCGACCGGGAAUAAUAGGCAAAUCGGAGCUUUAGUCAUCCAGGAGUCAUUAGUGAUCCACGAAUUUCUAUAACUGGCCGUUUUACGUAAAUGAUGGAAACCACAGCAUUUAUUGAAUAUUUAUUAUUCUGAAAAUAGUUUCAAAAUCAUGAGUCACAUUUUACAGUGUAAUUGUGUAGGAAUUAAUUGUGACGUCAUCAUUACUUGAGCAAAUAUGUGUUCAAUCCUAGUAAAUGUCAAACGGAGUCUGUUUGGAGGCUCGUCCUACAACUGUCGUCGACACGAGGCCGCCUGGUCAGGCAGCUGGGGGUACGAGGAUGGCAGCGACGAUGAAGAUUCCGAAAGUUCAAACUCUCAACCUUGGAAAUUUUGGAGGAAGUUUAGUUUACGACGGAAGCGGGACCAGAAAUUUGACUGGAGCCAAUACGACUCGACAGACGGUCCCACUGGGGAGAAUGACAAGUCUUUAUUCAGGAGGAGUAAUAGUUUGAAACCACCUCCUAAACCUCCUCGACUCUUUAUCUUCCGGUCGUCGUCCAUCAGCACACCCCGAAACUCUACUGUUGUAGGUGGAUCGUCAGACCGGAACUCAUACGUCAUGUCACAAGCCUAUCAAAGCAAUCGUGGCAAAGAUGGCAACAUACCAACUGCGCAUGUCGCUCCAGUGAGGAAAGAAAAUGGUGUGAGCAGCAAUACUGUAGAGAAAAAGAAAAUGUCCGAAAAUAAUAAUAUUGAAAUCAGUAAACCUGUGUUACAGAAAACCACAGUUAGUAAAUUAGACUCGGAAAUCUCUAGCCUUAACUCCACUUUAACAUCCAGUAAAAUCAAAAUAGUGACACCAGACCUCACCCCUCGCAGAACACUGACACGUAGGAAGAAGUCGACUGGUUCAGUUGAGAAUGAGCGACACCGAGUGAUUUUACAAAGUGCUUCUGAACUAAUAUGUCAAAAACUAGACCCUUCAGAAUUCCUGGAAGAGCUUCAUUCGAGACAGGUGAUAUCGUCUGUGGACUUGCAAGCGUUCCGCGGACAUCCGGACAGACGACUUGUUUGUGAGAGUAUGAUUCAUGUGAUGACCGACGGAAAGCCCAAACAGUUUGAUUCAUUCUGUGACAUCCUUCGGGCUAGUGACGCUUAUCGUGACAUAGCCCUGAUUAUGGACGCCAUGAGUGACGUAUACGGUGUCAUAUCUGACAUUCCGUGUCCAAUCGUGGAGGACAACAGUACUUCGGUGGAGGAAGAGAAGACAAUCAAUUUUGAUGUUGGAUACUACAAUUGUGACACGGAGAUCAUGACGCCGGUCAUUCAGCUAGAGAAGGCGAGAGGUGACAGCAAGCGUUUCUCACGGGACUCGGCCUUCUACAAACGCUGUUCGCGGCUAUCUUAUCACUCAAUAACGUCAAAUGACGCUCUUAAACUGGAUGACGAUAUGCAUAUUACAGGAACACUUGUUAUAACCGUGUGUAUAUCUGGAUACUCUCUCCAUGGUGAGAGGUCAAAACGGCUGUCAGAAAUGCUUGGCAAACACCCAUGUAUACUAGAGCUCCAUAUUGGUAAAACGCAGCUGUCCGGAAAGGACGUAGGUUUUCUAUCGGAACCUUUAAAAACCUCUCCUAAUCUAUCUGUCUUAGAUUUACGACUCAAUUCAAUCGGUAACGAAGGUGCUAAAAUGCUGGCAACCGCCUUACACAAGAACACCAGCAUACGACAGCUGAACCUGUCAUCGACCGGGGUGGACAGCGAGGGCUGCAAACAUCUGGGCGAGGCCCUCAAACACAAUCCCGGGGUGACGGACUUGGACAUGAGCUUUCUGGAUAUUGCUGACAGUGGAUGUAUCAGUCUGGGAAAUAUGCUCAAACAAAACAGAUCAUUAAAAAAGUUACGCCUGCGCAGUGCAAACAUUUCCUGGAUUGGUUGUGGAAUAUUAUUUGAAGGUGUUCAACAAAGCAAGACACUAACGGAAUUAGAUUUGAGCAGGAACUUCAUUGGUGACGACGGCAUGGAAAUGAUGUGCCGUCAUCUCAACGACAAGUCCACACUAGUUGACCUCAAUUUGGAAAACUGUGGCAUCACUUCCGGUGGAUGUGCGAUGCUUUCAGACGUUAUUUUAAUGAACAAAACAUUACAUCACUUGGAUCUAAGUGUUAAUUUCAUUGCUGACGCUGGUGUUUUAAAAAUAUCAAAUGCCUUAGAACGAAAUAAAUCAAUCAAAACUCUCGGUCUAAAUAUGUGUGGAAUUACAAAUGACGGAUUCUCAAAAAUUCUUGAUAUUUUGGAAUGUAAUCCGACACUGACCUUGCUGAAGUUGUGUUACAAUAGGCUGGGUCGUGAACAUACCAACCCUUCUGCGACCUCGGACGAUCUACGCUACCGUGUUCGCAUUGUGACGUCAUCAAAUCCUAAACUUAAGCUUUUGCUUUGGGGAAAUGCAUUCGAUGAAGCGUGAUGGAUAUAUAACGAUUUGGAAUGCCUUGGAACAUCAGCCGAUCGUAACCCAUCAUAAUUUCAUUAAGUCUAGUUUACUUGAUUGUUUAUUUGGUAACUCUAUCUCGCUCAAAUUAUGGGCGUUUUCGAGUUAAUGGGGCUUGUAAAUAUUCAGUGAGAAUAUUAGCCAGAACAGGGGAUCAUCCUUAGCAGCUACAGUACAAUAAUAACCAUUCCACACUGUUUCGUUUUGUGUGUGGUUUAAAGGUUAUAGAAAAGAAUUUCUGGUUUACUGAUUUCCUGUUGGAAACAAAACCACGUUGUGUUAUGAGGAUAGCAUCGGGAUCUCAGAUCUUCAAAGCAAGUUUCGGUAUCGUUUAUGUGCUAUUGAAGAACUGAUGAAGUAAAGGGGCUUUUUCUUAAUGCUCUGUUACUUAACAUGUGUUCUCCCUUUGUAGGCAAAAUGAAAUAGAUCGAUCUUGCCAAGUGUAUCUGUACUUAUCAUAAUAACUCGGGGCUUCAUGUACGUUUUCAUUGCCCUGCAUAGUAAUAAAUGAAAUCUCUUAAGUCGGGUCAGAUUGUAGAUGUGUAAUGUCUUAAUAUCACAAUGUAAUCUUAAUACGGAAACAACUUCUUAAACACCCGUUAAAGAACAAAUUACAAACUUCCUAAAAUUCGUCAAUUUCAUCCAUUUCAAUAACACGUGAUCUGUAAUAUUUUUUGUUUGAACUUCUUACUAGAAAAAUCUCGUGAAACUGCGGUUAUAAAGUCGACAAAUUACUGACCUUGAACACUUGAUCAAUUACAAAAUAUCCCGAGCAUUGACCAAUCACUGACGACACAUAUCAUUACUGACUAGCUAGACAACUGUCCAGUAACUUCGACACAAUGUUCAUCAAUCAUUGACCAUCUAGAACAUUGACCGUCUAGAACAUUGACCAAUACUGUACAGUAAAUUACUCAGAAUUAUAUCCAAUACAUCGAUAACUACGAAGGCCGUUGAAACAUUGCCUAAUAUGCAAAUCAGGAAAUGGACCAAUCACUGUUAAGUAACCGGGACAAGGACCAAUGACUAAUUACCCAGACUACUGACCAAUCAUUAAUCAGAACGGAUGUCUAUAUGGCUAAGGUUCGCUUAAUUGUUGUGUUACGUUCAAUUAACUGUCAGGGUCAUUUAAGAACAUGCAAUUGGGGGUUUGAUUGAAAUUUGGGAUACCCACAGAAAAAAAUAAAGAAAAUAAAAAAUAAAUAAAAAAACACUAACCUGCGGCCCAACGUAGGCCUCGAACCCGCGACCGAGAGGUGUAAGGCUCGUGAAUGUUCCCAAAUCAAUCAAUAAUCACUUAACAAUGAUAAUAACAAAACAGUAUUUGAUAAAGGGUGAAAUAAAUAAUUAUUUGUUUGAAUUGAAAUAACCAGACACUGACUGUUGUAUAUAGGAUGGUACAUCAAAUCGAGAUGGAAUAAAAAAAACACUUACGAUUAAAUUCCAGUGCUUGAGGUCGGUACUAAGAGAUAGUGUAUUCUAAAACUAACACUUAUAGGUAAUAGAAGUGUAUGUACCGCACUGCAGUGUGUCACUCAUUACAUAUUCAUCGUGUACUCGCGCAGUCAAAGCGUCUGUUCUCGUAUAUAUAAUGUAAGUAAAAAUAAAGGAAGAAAAAUUAUAUUGAUUUAUUUUCGGGUACUUCCUGUCAAACAUCUAUAUUUUAGCUCAUUAAAUUGUAAACGUGUCAGUGUUUAUUACUGUUUUGUAGCCAGGAAUCAAAUCAGACGGUAUAUUAUCUAUAAUUUGUAUAAACUACAUGAUGAAGUAAUCACUAUUAUGACGUCAUAGAUGACAUUGGAAUAUUGGAUACUACUGACCCAUGCUGGAAGGUGGACAUCGUUUAAUUUGAAAUAAAUACCUACAGUAGAACCAAACACAUAAUUUCAGAAAGACAUCCUUUUCUGUGAGAUGUACGUAAUUUAAUGCUUUUUGCCAUAUUGAACACCAACGGUUUCAUAUACAUGGGCCAGUUGUAUAACUUGUGUGCAAUUAUAUAUAUAUUUAUCUGAAGGAAAAUCUAGCAUUUGUAUAUCUGCUCGUAUAUUUAUUCUAUAGAAACUACAUAUUUAUAUGUAUGUGUUUGAUAUUUUACACGGAAUACUAUUACUGCUUGGCUUCUCAAUGGUCCUACCUUAUUUAUUAUGAACGUGCAUGCACGUGUUUUCGGAAACUAUUAUUAGUACUGCAGCUAUGUAUAGUACUACAAUGUUCUAUGUCGCUAAUGCAACAAUAAUACCAGUGCUGAAGUGUCACUGCAUACAGAUCGUGUAUAUGUGUGUUCGUGAAUGUUACAGGUAUUGUGAUUUACUUACACUGGGUUUGUUACUAGCACAUGGGCUUGUAAAGAGUUUAUGGGGGAUAAGGGUUUAGAUGGCAUACUGUAACUAGUAAAGGGACCAACGAAAUAGCAGAGAGAAGUUCACCAGCCUCCGAAAAAUCGCUGGUAUUCGGUCAAAUACUAUAGAGAUCACUAGUACAAACAUACUCAUAAUUGAGUAUUCAACUAGUUAUAGUCUACGACACAAACCCCCACCCUCCAGAAUCAUUAUUACAUGCCCCUGUGGUUACUAACGUUACUAGUACUAUGUAGGUAACCGACAAUACGUUAUAUCUAACAACGUGAUCGCUGUCUCUGUUAUUUAGUGUUAAAUUACGUAUAAAUACACAUGGCAGCUUUAUACGGUAUGAGACACAAAGCUCAGAACCAUGUGGGAAACAGUAACCUCCCCUAGCUGUUAUAACAUUGUAAUCAGUAAUUAGCUAUGAAUAUCAUAUUCAAUAUUAAAAUAUUGUCACAAACAUCAGAGCACGUCCGAAAUAUCUUGCAACAUAUUCAGGCAGGAGACGUGAGGCUAUUUUCAAAAUCCAAGGGUUUCACUUUUAAAUCAUACCCAUCUUUCUUGUACCCAUAGAAUUACGUUGUAGAUAAUACAAGUCAUCUACACUGGCAAAUGUUAGGAAUCUCGCUCACUAAGGGUAUUUUGACAAAUAAAAAUGAUUUGGUUGCAGAAUAAAUCCAGAAUUUACUGGCUUUGAUUAGGGUUAGUCUCCGUGGUAUUGUUGAUUAGGGUUAGUCUCAUUGGUAUUGUUGAUUAGGGUUAGUCUCCUUGGUAUUGUUGAUUAGGGUAAGUCUCCCUGGUAUUGUUGAUUAGGGUAAGUCUCCGUGGUAUUGUUGAUUAGGGUUAGUCUCAUUGGUAUUGUUGAUUAGGGUUAGUCUCCUUGGUAUUGUUGAUUAGGGUAAGUCUCCCUGGUAUUGUUGAUUAGGGUUAGUCUCCUUGGUAUUGUUGAUUAGGGUUAGUCUCAUUGGUAUUGAUGAUUAGGGUUAGUCUCCUUGGUAUUGUCGAUUAGGGUUAGUCUCCUUGGUAUUGUCGAUUAGGGUUAGUCUCCUUGGUACUGUCGAUUAGGGUUAGUCUCCUUGGUACUGUCGAUUAGGGUUAGUCUCCUUGGUAUUGUUGAUUAGGGUAAGUCUCCCUGGUAUUGUUGAUUAGGGUUAGUCUCCUUGGUAUUGUUGAUUAGGGUUAGUCUCCUUGGUAUUGUCAAAGAAAGCAUUGACCAUCGGGAUUCAUGUGGUUACUAUAUCAAUGAACGAUAAAAUAUUCAACAGUACGAUUGGAAUCAAUGAAAUGACUAGCCACGAGCGUUCGAUAUUUUUGGGACAUGUUUCAAUAGUGAAGCUAAAAUCAAGGUAUCGAUAACGAAACCCUUGGAUUUUAAAAAUCGUAUGAUAUCUACCCAAGUUAUUGCUCUGGAAGUAAUAUGAGAAUAGACCUGCUAAAACCUGUAUCUGUUUCUCAUAAUAAAAUAAGUUUAAAUCAAUCCAUCAGACCUGCCGUCCUUGAAAUGGCCUGAAAACAAAUGAAAGCAAAAAUGCACAUGCGUUUCACGCGCGCACAAUUUUUACGACAUAUACUCCUGUCGGGUUUGCCUUGUUGAUUAUGAAUCACUCGGAAUGCUCCGCAUCUGUAAAUUAUGUUUUUGUACGUCCCGUCUUGUCUACAACACUGCUGAUUAUCCAGGCCCGUCAAACUUCUAGACAUGUACAAUAAAUGUUGGACAGGUUAGACAAAAUAAUACUUAAAAUAUAGGAAGGGAGUAUAAACUCAAAUCAGGAUUAAUAUGAGAUAUUUAUGAUCAAUUAAUGUAAACGUAAUGACAAUUGGUAAAUACUCUGUUAUAUUUAUUGUGAGAUUAUUUAACCUUUGACCUUUCUGUAGUGAUUUGACCAGUAAGGUCUGUCCGAUAAUUAUCAUAUAACUCUCAUUGAGACAACGUUUCAUCUAUAACCAGACUCAUUUUCAUUUGUAAAUUAAUAAACAGUUCAAACAUC